CGCCUUUUUAAUUUGCUGUAUUUUAAAGACUUUUCUUUUAUCGGAGGUGUUGCACUGUGUCUCAUUACCAUUACGUUUUAGCAUCUAAGAUAAGAUAAAGCCUACUACAGAUAUCAGCUUGUGGAGCCACAGAGCUGAGCCGAGAGGUGGACACAGUCCUGGAAGUAAGCAAGCUGGAAGAGGACGAGACGUGAGACUGAGAGCUGCAAGUGGAAUCGAUUCUGCCGAUCCUUGUGGUGUGCGGAGAAGAUCCCUGAAUCCAGUUUUCUUGCAGUCUGCCCUCCUGUCCACACUUUUCUGCCCUCUGUGCAGCACCCCAUCUCUGCCACAUCAUCAUGCCUGCUGACUACAAUGGCACCUGGGUCAUGGAGGUCAAUGACAACUUUGAUGGGUACAUGAAGGCUUUAGACAUUGACUUCGCUACCCGGAAGAUCGCUGCUCAUCUGACCCAGACCAAAGAACUUAUUCAGAAUGGAAAUGAGUUUAAGACAAAGACCCUCAGCACAUUCAGGAAUUAUGAGGUUGACUUCACUGUUGGGGUAGAAUUUGAUGAGAAGACUAAAGGCCUGGAUAAUCGGGUGGUGCAGACCUUGGUGUCCUGGGACGGGGAUAAACUUGUCUGCAUCCAGAAGGGAGAGAAGAAGAACCGUGGCUGGAAAAGUUGGAUUGAGGGAGAUAAACUUUACUUUGAACUAACCUGUGAAGAUCAAGUCUGCCAUCAGGUCUUCAAGAAGAAGAACUAAGAACGUUCAGUUUUCUCUGCAUACCGCAUGUUUUUUUUCAUAGUGUAGAAACAUCUGUAAUGCGUGUCUAUGUAAACUUCAUUAAUAAAUAAAACAUUUCUAUGAAAGUCUUA